AUGGCUUCCAUUGGCUUAAAGCAACACGUUUUAGCUCUACUGCUUCUUCUCUCGAUUUGUACUUUCCAUGCAAUGUCCAACAAUCUCCAUGAUGCAUCCAUGUCCCAAAGACACGAGCAGUGGAUGAAAAAAUAUGGUAAAGUAUAUAAAGAUGCUGCAGAGAAGCAAAAACGUUUCCUCAUAUUCAAAGACAACGUUGAAUUCAUUGAAUCCUUCAAUGAUGUUGGGAAAAAAUCUUACAGGCUUGGCAUCAAUCACGUUGCUGACCUAACCAAUGAAGAAUUCAAGGCUUCCCACAACGGAUACAAGAGCUCUCUUGGGCUGAGAAUAACAACACAAACACCAUUCAAAUAUGAAAACGUUACUGAUAUUCCUAUUGCUAUGGAUUGGAGGCAGAAAGGAGCUGUUACUCGAAUCAAGAACCAAGGCAAAUGUGGUAGCUGUUGGGCAUUUUCAACAGUUGCUGCAACAGAAGGUAUUCACCAAAUAACUACGGGUAAGCUAGUGUCCCUAUCAGAGCAAGAGUUAGUGGAUUGUGAUACAGUGGAUCAUGGAUGUGAUGGAGGUCUUAUGGAAGAUGGAUUUGAAUUCAUUAUAAAAAAUGGUGGAAUCACCACUGAGACAAACUACCCCUACACUGGAGUUAAUGGAACUUGUGACAAAAACAAUGAGGCUUCACCUGCAGCAAAAAUUAAGGGGUAUGAGAUUGUACCUCCUAAUAGUGAGGAGGCACUCCUAAAAGCUGUUGCAAACCAACCUGUGUCAGUUUCCAUUGAUGCUGGAGUUUCUGCUUUCCAAUUUUACUCAAGCGGGGUUUUCACAGGACAAUGUGGGAAUGAAAUAGACCAUGGUGUUACGGUUGUUGGUUAUGGUAGUACUGAUGAUGGUACUAAGUAUUGGAUUGUGAAGAAUUCGUGGGGCACAAGAUGGGGUGAAGAAGGAUACAUAAGGAUGGAACGAGGCAUAGAUGCCAAAGAAGGUCUAUGUGGCAUUGCCAUGGAUGCAUCUUAUCCAACUGCUGUCUACGUAGAAAACCUUGCAAUGAUAAAUUGCAUUCCACUUCCUUUUCCAUCCAAAACAGUUCAACCAAAGAGAUUUGAGCUAGAUAGUGAGUUGUUGGAGAUCUUUAAGAAGGUGUAA